CACAGACAACACCCAUGGCGGCGGAAGGACACACGUAUGUGCUGUUCAUGGACGUGAACAAGACCAUUCUGAUGGCAGACCCGGCCGGCGGCAAGACCGUCGACGACGUGGUCAACGACGUCAUUGCCGAGCAGGCGUGGGGGAGGACAGUACCAGGGACAGAGGCCGACUCGGCCGCCUUUGAGCUCGCUCAUCCGGAGCUGGUUUUUGAGCGCCCGACAGAGACCGACGGUGCCGAGCUGAGCUACGUUGACUGGGUCCGUGCCUUCCAUCCCGAGGUCGCCGCAACCCGCGCCGCAGCCGGCCACGUCGCCGCCAAAGACGUCCGCCGCAAGCACGUCAAGGCCUUUACCCGCCACGGCGCACCGGGCGCCCAGUUUGCCGCCACCGCCCAGAAGCUCAUCGACGGCAUCGGCGAGCAUCUCAUUGUUACCUCGUUCCUCAAGGCCCUCGUCGACCUCGAGGCCAAGCGCGCCGCCGCCGUUGUCCCCUUCAACAUCAAGCUCGUCUUCCGCACCUUUGGCACCGAUCUGCCAGAGAUCAUCCCGCAGUUCAACGCCUUUUGUGACGGCAACGACCCGCGGUUCCCGGGCGUCUCGCUUCCGGCGUACAAGAUCGACCCAGCCACCCAGGUCGGCUCGUUCCACCGCCACGGCGCCGGCCUCUGCGUCCUCGGCACCCAAAAGCGAGUCAUCUCCGAGGCCGGUCAUCUUUCAGGCGAGGAGACGAGCGAGCCGGUCAGCGCCGAUCGAACCAUGCUUGCGCUGGACGGUACCUUUCUCGACGCGCUCCUCGCGCUCAUGCCCGGCCCUGUCGGUUCGUUUGCCCUCCGUGACGACUACUCUGCGUGGUCGGCGGCCAAGUGGCAUCCGUCCGGCGGCAAGUUCUUUCCGGUCGUCAUCGAGCCGGCCAGUGCCGGCAUCACCACAGCUUUCUUUGAUGACAACAUCAACUACGCAGACGAUGCCUCCGUCGACAACAUCGUCUGCCCGGUCGACGCCGCCUCUGGCGACGUCCUUCCCGUCGAGCCGCAACUGCGCAAGACCAUGAUCCGAGUCGACCCGCUCUCCAUCGUCCUCGAUGACGACUACUACAUCAACCUCUGGGCCCGCGUCUACGCUCGCUUUGGCCAGGACACCGCAUGA